AUAGAGUAGGUUAGGUUAGUUCUGAAUGCCCGCGUUCUGGCGGUUCACGUUUUGGAAAAAAUUAUAAUUUAAUGCAGAAAUGUUUAAUAUGACAAAAAUAAUUAAUUUCUCAUGUGUUUAAUGACCGCAUCAUGUUUUUGCGCGAUAUUGUAACUGAGUUUUACACGGAAAUAUUAGGAAAAAGAUGUUUAUUAUUGGUGAAUUUUGAUAUCGACGCAAUAUGUGCCUGCAAGAUAUUGCAAGUCCUUUUAAAAAGUGAUAAUAUGGUAUAUACGCUGGUUCCUGUACAUGGAAUUCAGGACCUAGUUCAAGCAUAUGAGGAGAAUUGUGAGGAGGUGAAAUAUGUAAUAUUGGUAAACUGCGGCGGAACUUUAGAUAUCGUUGAAUUGCUGCAGCCAAAAGAUGAAGUGAUAUUUUUUAUUCUUGACAGCCAUAGGCCAUAUGACCUUUGUAAUAUAUUUUCGGAAACCCAAGUGAGAAUUUUGGGAAAACCAGAUGAGGAUGACAACAUACCAGAUUACAGUGACGUUUUCAGAGAUGAUUCGUCUGAUGACGAAGAUGUGGAUAAUGAUGGCUCGAGUGAUGAGGGAGAAAGUCGGCAAUCGAAGCGACGGAGGUUAAAUGAAGAAGAUAUAAAUCGACGAAGGACAAAAAGGCUAUGGGAAGAAAAACGUACACAAAUUAUGUUCAACUACACACAAUACAGCUAUUACGGUCGAUCGAGUGCUGUGGUAAUUUUUGAGCUGGCAUGGAAACUUUCACGAGACAAUUUGGAACUUGUGUGGUGGAGCAUAGUAGGUGCGACAGAACAAGCUAUUCUUGGGAAAGUUGAGUCCAGAGUCACUGUUCUAGAGACAGGGAAUCUUCAGAGCCAUGUUUCUAGAAUAACCCAUCGAGCUGCGGAAGCAGACAAACAGACAGCCACCGGCAUCAAGUUGACAUAUGAUAGAGAUUUACAAUUAGCUCUAUAUCGACAUUGGACCGUCGAAGCUAGUCUUAGACAUUCCAUGGCAACCGCAGUUUCACUCCGCUUAUGGUCUCUCCGGGGGGAAAAUCGCCUCAGAGAAUUUUUAGCUGAAAUGGGUUUGCCUUUGGCACAAUCUAGGCAGCGAUUUUUAUCCAUGGAUCUCAACUUGAGGCAGGAGUUUCAACAAAUGGUUGAGAAAUUAGCCACUAAAUAUAAGAUGGAUAGUGUUGUAGGUGCUAGUUUCACUCUGCAGUACGGUUAUAGGUUCAAAUACUGUGCAUCCGACAUAGCCUAUGCAAUGUUGGCUCUACUGGAGUCCUCCACAAAGGAUAGGCUACCCCAACAUUGUUUUUUAGAUGCUUUGGAUUGUCUGUCUCGUAUGAAAAAAGAUGUUGUUGAUAGAGGCAUAGAAAAAGCUAAGCUAAUGCUCACCAAUAUAUACAAAACAGCACAAGGAUUACUAGAGAUGAAACAAGUGUUGAAUGCUGGUCCAUUCCUUUAUAUUGUUAUCCCAGAAGGAUCCUUGGAUACUCGGAUAUUCUCACAUGAACAUGCAUUGAUUAUGUUGGCACAAUUCACCUUGAAGGCUUACGUGGAAGCUUCAAGAUACCGAAAUGCAACCAAGUGGCCAAUGGUCGCCACCGCACCUUUUAACGAAGAAGAUGGCACUUGUGUGCUAGUCGGUAUUCCGCCUCUAUGCGAAGACCAGCCUAGAAGUCUUUUUGGAAGAGCCUUUGAACAAGCCGCUAAAAAUACAAAUACGUACAUAGAGGCAGACUACUUUGAUACAACAAUUAUAAGACUGAAGAUUCAAGAACGGCCAAAGUUCUUUGAUGCAUUAGCAGCACUUCUGAUGGUGUGAGCUUUAGUAUUAGAAUAUUAGUAUGUAGUUUUCAAUGUUAAUGAUAAAUAGUAUAAGUGAUUAGCAAUAGGUAAUUUUACAAACCUACUGUGCCUCAGAUAAUAACAUACUAUCCAUAUAAUUAGGGUAAUUUACUUAGAAGAGACUAGGAAUGCAUAACAAUGCAAGUUUCGUGUUUGUCAUUAGUAAAAUCAAACGUAGAAAUAUUUUAAAACCAGCGACGAAACGAGCUUUAAUUUUAUUCGACACGUGAAUGUAUAGUAUAAUUAAUUUAAACGGAUUAUAGAAUUAUUGGAACGUCAAUAUAGUAACGUAAUUUGGUUUGAACUUGAAAUUUGACAGUUGCGAGUCACUUCACUCGGACUAAAACGUAGUGAAUCUGUGCUGCUGUUUAACUUUACAAUUGCUAGACUAAAAUUGAAUUCUUUGAGGCACGUAUAUUGAAUGAAUUGAAAGCAGCAUAGUAAUUGAAUUAAUUUUGUCGCCAAUCGCCAAGAUUCAUCACACAAGGAUUGCUACAACUAGUAUUGAGUCUCAAUCUCGUAAUAGGUAAACAUUUUUUGAGAGCGCAAAAUGAUAUGGCUCUUUGAUAUGUGUAUGAACUCGAAAGAGGAAUGAAUUUAUGCAGUUUUGAGUAGUGUAUUUAUACCGAAUAAUUGUUCAUUAGUUAUUAAUGUCGUGAAUGUACAUACGGAUGGCUUAUUCUAAGAGUGAUACUAGGAUUAAUUUAUAUUGUGCACCAGAAAAAGGAGAAUCAUUCUAUAACCUACCUAUUUUAGAAAAUAUUAACUCAGUUAUGAUUGGUAUAUUAGGGUUAAAAGUUAGACCGGUCGAACUCGUUUCAAUAAAAAAUAAUCCUCACUUCUUUUUUUUACUUCUUCAUAUAAGGGUAUUCUGAUAUGGUAAUUAUCUUACUACCAACGCCGGAAAAUAAUCAAAUUACAAUCCCAUCGAGGGCCAUAAAAUUAAAGUUUUUACCGAAGGGCAAAUAAAUAGGCUAUUGGAAUUGAAAGCGCUGUAUUCCGAUCAACAUACCCAAACCGUGCGUAAUUCUACGCGUUAACGGAAGAACCACGGCGAGCAAAAGUUUUGACAAAGCUUGGCAGUUUAUUACUUUAAAAGACGUAGAUUUAUUUAUGAGAUAACUGGAUCAGUUUACAGUUGCAAACAUUAUUAUUAAGAAAUAGAAUUAUGAUUAUGAUGACAAUAAUAGUAUAGCUUUAUGGCUGCUGUACUAAACUCUUAUGAUGUGAAUUUUUUGAAGACGUGGGUUAGAAUGAAAAGAAAGAAUGCUUUUCCAAUCGUACCCAAUAUAAUACGACUACGUUGGGCACUGUCUCUUUUGUAGUUCACUGAC